AUUUUUUCAACUUGCUCAGGUUGUACGUAGGUAAUUUACUUUUAUCCACAAUAAGUGGGUAGUACUUGACCUACGCAAUUGGACACUAUUUCGUGCAUAAUGCAUUCGGUUAGAUGUUCGUUGUUAGUUGAAAUGCAUAACAUUCGAGCGAUCAUUUUCUUGGUGCUACUUGCAACGGGUAAGAUUUCGGCUGAAUCGAGAAUAGCAAUCGCUAAUUAUCAUGGAAAUCGUAUGCAACCCAUAAAUAUAGUAACCGAUAAAGCUUUCAAAUCUGGAUUUAUGGAAGCGAACUUAAUUAGAAAUGGUAACGGAGCUGGUGAAAAAGCUUUGUUGAUCAAUACAGGAAAAUCAGUUGAAGUGAGACUGCUCGAAACUCAAACCGAUCUAUUUGCGGCUGGAGCAGUUACGGCUGGAUAUUUGUUCGUUUACACGAGAACCAUAUUUUACUGGGCUGAAAAAUCAACUGGUACAGCAGGAACAUUAAUUAAUGACAAAGAUAGCACCCCUUUGGAAGUUUCGCAAUUAUACUACAAUACAAAGUAUCGUUCGUAUACCGAUUCUUUGCAAAAGUCUGACGGUAUACUCGACAUUCGAAUGCGUUUCAGAGCAGACGCUGAAAAAGAUAACUCAAAAUUUAAACCAUUUCAAGAAAAAUUGAAAGAAGUUCAGAAACCCGGAAGUACAUCAGUUGAAAUGGGAAAACAUAAUUCGUGGUAUUUGGAUUUCGAUCCUGCAGCAAUCUUCGCGUAUCCGGGGUCAGUGACCAAUGUAACGCAGGAAAAAACAUACAACUGUACAAUCACCAUAAUCAACAAGAGUAUCUUUAGUUUAUCCAAAAACCAAUUCGAGGCAUUUACGAAUAUAGAAACAGACGAAGAUACGAAACUGAUUACCAAACAGAAAACCCAAGAUGAAGGGGAUCGUCCAGUUAUAAAAACUAACGACGUAGUAUUUUUGAGGAGCAUAUUUAAUAUGGAAAAAGUUGCAUCUUUCGCAUGAAAAGUUGAAUUGAAACAAUAUUUUCAAAACCAUAGUUACGAGAAAAUUUCACCAUGCUCGUCUACAUUAUUUACCGGUUACAUAUUUUCAGACAGAUAUUCUAAUACUAAUUAGACAAUUAGGUAUCUUGUAUUAGAAAAAAUUAUCAAGUAGGUAUAUUUGUACACACAUCCCUAUUCCCAAUUUAGUUAAUACCUAUGCUAUCGCACUAAAGUUACAAUUGUAAAUCAAGUCAAUUAUUACUCACCCUGCUUAAACGAUUCAAAAUCCAAGAAGGAAUUGAUGUGUACCUGAAACAAAAAAAUAUCACUUGAAAUUGACUCUCCUCGAUGAAAUUCAAUUCUAAUUUUACAAAAUUAUAAAAUUCAUAAAAAUAAAAUAAAUAUUAAUCGAAA